AUGGAAUUUAAAUUAAAAGUAAGUGAACCUUAUAAUAUCAAUAUCAAUAAUAUCAAUAACAAUAACAAUAAUAACACAACAGCAGCUUCAUCAUCAUCAUUCAGUUUAAGCAAUAGUAAUAGUAAUAAUUAUACAACAACAGUAGCAUUAGCAUUCAGUUUAAAAAAUAGUUAUAGUAACAAUAAUACAACAACAGCAGCACCAGAAUCUACAACAUUCAUUUUAAAAAAUAGUAAUAGUAACUAUAAUUUAAAUAGUAGUAUUAGUGAAUAUAGCAAUCUAAAUAAUAAUAGUAUCAAUUUAGCCCGAAGCGCAAGUUGUAGUAGUAUAAGCAGUUGUAAUAGUAAUGAUAUCAAUGGGAGUAGCAGUAGUAGUGGUUGCAACAAUAAAAACAGUAAUAGAUUUUUAAUUAAUAAUAGUAAUAUAACACUUCCACCAUCAUCAUCAUAUAGAAAUUUAAAUAAAGAGGAAUUAAAAUCAUCACCAAUUUAUAUACUACAUUUAAAAACAUUUAAUAUCGGUAAUAUUCAGGAGGCAUUAGAUAAGUUUAAUUCAAACAGAGCAGACUACCCAAAGAUUACCUAUGAAGUAAUGAAGAAAUGUCUCAAGUAUUCAAAUAUUGAAGAUUUAAAAAAACUAUUUAAAGUAAUCAGUGCAUAUUCUACAGGUAUAAUCCUUCCACAUAAAACUGAUUGA